AUGUUUAUGUGUAUAUCUAGGUUUGAGAUUGAAUUUGAACAGCUUGCCUUAUUAGAAGAGUAUAUCUCCACACAAGAGAUUCAGACGCGGACUAAGAAAAAGGCUGCUAAUAAAGUUCGAGACUCUAAGUUUAAUCUAAUAAGUGAUACGGAAAAAGAUCCCUGGGAUAUUCCAAAUCAACCAACACAACCCCUAACCGCAGUUGCGCUUGGUAAGAGACCUCAACAGACAGCUCCUAUGAUUGAUCUGGAGGAGGAGGAAGAAGAGGAGGAAGAAGAGGAAGAUGAAGAAGAAAAUGAAGAGGAUGGGACUCACCUAUUUGUAUUGUUUGUGGAACCUGAGAUUCAACUCCAAAGUCUUGGACCAAGAACCUGGCCUUGGCAGUUCCGAACUGGAUCGACCCUAGAGGGUCGCGAUUCCUAUAUGUCGGAAUAUCAAUCUCAUGAUUCGGCGCUUCUGCACCCCGGUGCAGAAGCAAGCACGUACGUACGGGAGCGGGAUAACGUUAUCCCUAGCGCCCGUACGGCAACCUCGUAUAUAGCUACCAUGACACCCCGGGGCCCCCUACUUUCUCUGAGUUAG